AUGCUGGGGCGUCAAUUGGGUCCGCCUCGUACUGGUAGUCCGGGUCGUCGAUCGGCCUUUUUCAAACUGGCCAUGUCUUUACAGGAUUAUUUGCGCAAGUACGCCUCUGAGGAUACACAGGAGCAGGAAUCUGAGUCCGAAGUGUCUGAGUCCGAGGACGGGCCUGUUUUGGUGGAACAGAAACCGGUCUCCAAGGGAUGGACUACCGUGGAGACCAAACAGACUAUCGACACGCGACCCAAACUGAUGCAGGACGGCUCGUUUGCCGGAUUGCAGACCAGUGACCAGAUCAGACAGUCUGUUGAGUCGAAACAGCGGAAACUCGACGAGGAAAAGACCAGGGUCAACCAACAGUACGACCCUACAAAGGUAGAGACGGUUUACAGAGACGCUUCCGGUAAGCGGGUCUCGAUGCCGCAGGAUCCUUCUGCAGACAAACAAGCCGAGGAAGAACGCAAACGCGAGGAGAUCAGAAAGCUCAACGAGAGCGAGUACACAGAAAUCAAAAAGAGACAGCAACAGCAGCGUCUUGAAGAGCUGAGAACAGAAACUGAAAAGUCCAAGGAAUCACAGCUCAAACAGACCAUUAGCGAAGACGACCCGGCACUGUUGUUUGACACAAAUGUUCAGACCCGGAAACGGAAACUGAAUUCGAACUUAAGCGCAACAGGCCGCAAAUUGUACGACGAAACAGGAUACCCUGAUAACAGGUUUGGCUCUGAAGGAGUCUCCGAAGAAGGCUCCUGUUUCUUGAUCACGUUCAGCAGCUCCUUCUUGGUCUUGGUCUCGUUCUCCUUCUCUUGCUUCUUCUUCAACAAGUACCGUUUCUUGGCCUCGCUCUUAUCUCCCUGGCUGACCUUCUUAGAUGCCUUGGAAUGGAAGAUGAACUGCUUGUCUGUGAUGUUCAACAAAACAGACGAGUCCAAGGUCAGUCCUCUCUGUGUCUUCAAUCUGCCGUCAAACUUGUUACCGGUCAAGAUUGGCUGGUCAAACAGAACUUGUAGUUCCACCUUGGUCUCAAGCAAUCUGAUUCCAACCACGGUUCCCUUGGAGAAUAGCGGAACGUUUCCAGAGUCCAAAACGUACACCACGCGGUCACCAAGCGAGAAAUGUUGCUUUCUCAGUAGUUGGAACGACUGCGAAGGAACCAAAACCGCGCUUCUUGGAAUUCCCUUGAUUCCCUUGGUAUCCACAGCCUGUGGACUGUUGGAGUACUCGAUGAUCUUAUCUUCAACCUCAGCAAUACCGAUCUUGGUCAAUGCCUCAGACUCCAAGCUCACAGUGACAAAAGUGGACUUUUUCUCUUUCAGGAAAGCGUUGAUAGCGUCCAGUUUGGCCUUGAGUUUAUCUGGCUCAGAUAUCUUGAACACCUCGCUAGCACGAGGAAUGGAUGACGACUUGUGGUUCAUCAGAGCUUUGAAAACGUCAGGGAACUUCCUCAUGUACUCCUGGAUCAAACUAAUUGCCAAAUCACUAUACUCCCAGAAUCUGUCGUUUCUCUUGGUGUAUCCAAGAACCUUGAGUUUUCUUCCUUCAAACUUGAGUGGAAGACCAAGAUCCAAUCUUCUGCCGGUUGGUCCCUCAACAGAAUACGACGAGGUCAACUUGGACAGGAACAGCGGACUGAUUCUCAGGAUUCUGGCAACAUUCGACGAAGGAUGGUAUCUGAUGGCCUCUCUUUCCUGCUUGGCUCUGACUAAACCAAAGUUAGGCUCCGCUUUUUUAGGUAUCUUGGACACCUUCAAAGUCAACUUGUUGUUUUCGUGA